AUGGCGUCGUCUUCCUGCUCUUCGACCGCCAGUCCUCUGCCCACCACAAAUUCAAUGUCCGCCGCCCGCCCUCCCACGCCCAGGUCGUCUUUUGACAUGGACGACGACACUCCGCCUCGCAACGUUGCCGACAAGAUAGAGCCCCCCCUCAGGCAAACGCUGCACACUGCCGUCUAUAUUUCAUUAUGGAUUUUCAUUUCCAAUCUGACCAUUCUGUUUAACAAGUGGCUGAUAGACACGCAAGGAUUCCGCUUUCCAAUACUUCUCACGUGCUGGCAUCUGGUUUUUGCUACCGUGGCUACCCAAGUCCUCGCUCGAACGACGACGCUCCUCGACUCCCGCAAGAAGCUGCCCCUGACCCCUCGUCUCUACGCUCAAACCAUCCUCCCCAUUGGCAUCUUUUACUCGGGCUCACUCGUCUGCUCUAAUGUCGUCUACCUGUACCUUUCUGUCCCCUUUAUCCAGAUGCUCAAGGCCGCCGCCCCCGUCGCAGUCCUCUUCACCUCGUGGACGUGGCGCGUUGCCGAACCCAACCUGGCAUCGUUCCUAAACGUCCUUUGGAUUGUUGCCGGCGUGGCUCUGGCUUCGGUGGGCGAGAUACAUUUCUCCCUCAUCGGCUUCAUGUACCAAAUGGGCGGCAUUGUCUUUGAGGCUAUCCGCAUCAUCAUGAUCCAAGUAUUACUUAGUAACGACGGCAUGAAGAUGGACCCCCUGGUCGGCCUCUACUAUUUUGCUCCCGUUUGCGCCGUCAUGAACUUCCUCGUCGCCAUGCCAAGCGAGCUGCCCAACUUUUCCUGGGCUGCCGUGUCCAAUGUCGGAGCGGGCAUGUUGUUUCUCAACGCUUGCAUUGCAUUCUUAUUGAACAUCACCAGCGUCUUCCUAAUUGGCCGCACAUCGGGUCUAGUCAUGACCCUCACCGGCAUCUUCAAAAAUAUUCUCCUCAUCCUCGUGUCCAUCGUCAUCUGGAACACCAAGAUAACCUUCAUGCAGACCAUCGGCUACGCCAUUGCCCUCGCAGGCCUGACGUACUACUCUCUCGGGUACGAACAGCUGUCGAAGCUGUUCCAAUCGUCUGUAGCACGGGCAUCCAGCAUGCUAGGCGCAACGUCUGCGGCUGCCCGAAACUCAGGUUCAUCGGCGUCGAGGAGAUGCGUGCUCGUUUCUGUCGUCAUCUUUAGCGGGUUGUUUAUUUUUGUUGCCGCCCUGCAACAUUACGACCCGUCGACCAAGACGUUAGGGUUGUCCGCUUGGUUUGGCACUGAAUAG